UACAGAGGCUGGAAGGGCGAGAGCGGAGCUCGGAACCCGGCAGCCAAGAAGAAGAAGAUGAAAGAUCCCAGGUCAGAGCCUCAGGCCGAGUGGACUUCAAACAGCCCUCGGGGCGUCGGAAGCAGCCUCCGUGGCAGCCGCCAGCCUCGAUAGCCGCCCGUGCUGCCCAGGGCUGAGGAGGAGGGCGGCCCGAACCCGGGACUGAGGCUCCGUGCCACCUGCGCGCGCGGCCCCACACCUGCGCGCUGUCCGCCCGGGGACCGGACCUGCGGGCUCCUCAAACUUUGGUCCCGCCUUUGAAGGUACGGGAAAAAAAGAAGAAGAAGAAGAAGGAAAGAAGGAAGAAAGAAAUCCAAGAUCAGAUUGCAGUGACCCAUCCCGCUACCCUUCUGGUUCGUCCGAGUUUUUGAAAGCUUGCCAUUCUGACUCCAGUUCUGGAAAAUUGGCAGCCACCGAGACCCGGCUGAGAAGACAAAGGCUUGGCAAGCUCCACACUGAGCGGGCCAAGACUGAGGACAGGUUGGAGGCGUGUCGUGGACAUCUGAGUCUUGACCCUGGGGCCUACGCGCUGCCACCGCCGCGGCUACCACAGACCCAGCCUCGAACUCCAAGACUGCGUACCGAGGGCCUCAAUCAUGUCCACUCCCGGGGUCAAUGCGUCCGCCUCCUCUACCCCCGACCGUCCGAACAGCCCGGUGACCAUCCCGGCGGUGAUGUUCAUCUUCGGGGUCGUGGGCAACCUGGUGGCCAUUGUGGUGCUGUGCAAGUCGCGCAAGGAGCAGAAGGAGACGACCUUCUAUACGUUGGUAUGCGGACUGGCCGUCACCGAUCUGCUGGGCACGUUGCUGGUGAGUCCGGUGACCAUCGCCACGUACAUGAAGGGUCAGUGGCCCGGAGGCGAAGCACUCUGUGAGUACAGCACCUUCAUCCUGCUCUUCUUCAGCCUGUCCGGCCUCAGCAUCAUCUGUGCCAUGAGUAUCGAGCGCUACCUGGCCAUCAACCACGCCUACUUCUACAGCCACUACGUGGACAAGCGGCUGGCCGGCCUCACGCUCGUCGCGGUCUAUGCGUCCAACGUGCUCUUCUGCGCACUGCCCAACAUGGGCCUGGGCAGCUCGCGGCUGCAGUACCCUGACACCUGGUGCUUCAUUGACUGGACCACCAACGUGACGGCGCACGCCGCCUUCUCCUACAUGUACGCCGGCUUCAGCUCCUUCCUCAUUCUCGCCACCGUGCUCUGCAACGUGCUGGUGUGCGGUGCUCUGCUCCGCAUGCACCGCCAGUUCAUGCGCCGCACCUCGCUGGGCACCGAGCAGCACCACGCGGCGGGCCCGGUCGCGGUGCCCUGGGCCCCCUGCCGGAGCAACCCGACCGCCGCCUCCCCCGCCCUGCCGCGCCUCAGCGACUUUCGCCGCCGCCGGAGUUUCCGCGGAAUAGCGGGCGCCGAGAUCCAGAUGGUCAUUUUACUCAUCGCCACCUCCCUGGUGGUGCUCAUCUGCUCCAUCCCUCUCGUGGUACGGGUAUUCGUCAACCAGUUAUAUCAGCCACGUUUGGUGCAAGAAAUCAGCAAGAACCCAGACUUGCAGGCCAUCCGAAUUGCUGCUGUGAACCCCAUCCUGGACCCCUGGAUCUAUAUCCUUCUGCGGAAGACCGUGCUCAGCAAAGCAAUAGAGAAGAUCAAGUGCCUCUUCUGCCGCAUCGGCGGGUCCCGCAGAGACCGUUCAGGACAGCACUGCUCAGACAGCAGGAGGACAUCUUCCGCCAUGUCUGGCCACUCUCGCUCCUUCCUCUCGCGAGAGCUGAAGGAGAUCAGCAGCACAUCUCAGACCCUCCUAUACAUGCCGGACCUCAGUGAAAAUGGUCUUGGAGGCAGGAAUCUGCUUCCGGGUGUACCUGGCAUGGGCCUGGCCCCGGCAGACACCACCUCUCUGAGGACUUUGCGAAUAUCAGAGACAUCGGAUUCCUCCCAAGGUCAGGAUUCAGAGAGUGUGUUGCUGGUGGACGAGGUUACUGGAAGUAGCAGGUCUGGGCCUGCCCCCAAGGGGAACUCUCUGCAAGUCACAUUUCCCAAUGAAACACUGAACUUAUCAGAAAAAUGUAUAUAGUAGCUAAGGGAAGAAAUACAGCACUGUUUCUGGAAGCAUAUAAAAUCCUGUGCAGUAGACACAUAAAUGAAGUGUUUCACUGUGCUCAGAAGGGCUCUUUUUUCCUUCAGCUCACAUUAAAGAACAUCUGGGCUCUUUAGCACUUUCCAUACAAUCAAGUUGAUUCACAGGGGACCCGUGGUCUGAAGCACAUUGGUUGUCACUUCACUAUGACACAGGAUUUCUGUCACCACUUGAUGGCUGGGAAGAUCUACCCUCAGUUUUUCUACUUGAUAGGAGGAUGGCGUAAGUUUUGCUAUUUUCAUAACAUCCAGAGCUUUAUAUCUGGCAUACAGCAGAAGGCCAGGUACAGAAGGGCUCUAUUCCAAUAAACUAUGAGGACUAUCUUGUGAUUUAAGUGUCUCACUAAAGCAUGAAAUGUGAAUUUUAUUGUUGUAGAUAUGAUUUAAGGUAUUUAAAGUAUUUUCUUCUCUGUGAGAAGGUUUAUUGUUAAUACAAGGUAUAAUAAAAUUAUGGUAAACCCCCCCUUCCCCGUAUAACCAGCUGAAGUUGCAGGUGUUAUUUUUCAAAAACAAGUUCAGGCUAAGGUGUGGAAAAUACACAGUGAGAUUCAUAGCUAUAAAAAAAAAGAUAUAAAUUUUUAAAAGAAAGAGUUUAAUAUUAUAAAAGGAAUAAAGCAAAAUAUUUUAAGACAUGAACAUUAUAGUCCAAAAUAUUAAAGUUCUUUCCAAGCUAUGUGUAAUUCAUAGUAAAAUAUUUUUAGUGAUGCUACAUGUAUUUAUCCAGAAAACUGUGAUUUUGGGAGAAGCUAACCUGCUGGUAAAUAUUUUUUACUUCUGUCCCCACAAAAUUUUUUAAAUUUUAAAAAGUCUGAAUAAAUAACCCAUAACUGAAGUGUAUAAUAUAAAGGAGUCUAAACAACUCGUUUUCCCUCUUAAAGUGUUCAUAGUUUUACUUUCCUAAGGAAUGAUCUAGAGUAUCCUUUAAAAUUUAAGAGGAAGGCAGAUUGCACCAUGAAGGCCUUUAUUUUGAGAUGUGGAAGUGUCACAGAUGCCGUAAGAGUUUAACAACAUAAGGAGUGCAGAACUUGGACACAUUAAGGGUAACCUAGCGGUUUUGUGUAACACCCAGUGAUGCCGUACACAUUUGAAGGACCUUUCUCAAGGAAAUACUAAGCAUGUUUUGUUGCUUAAAGUGUUUUUGUGAAUUGCUUGGUUGUAAUUAAAUUCUGAGCCUGGUAGUGAUAUGGUUUUAAGAAGCAGUUGUACCAACUGAAAGUAUUUUGGAGAUUAUAAUAAAUAAAUAAAUAAAUACA